AAGUGAGCAGCACAACCUAACUAAAAGGCGUGAUAAAAUAAAUAUAAUUUACAAUGUCAUACCACGAAUUCACUUGGCCUUCCGGUCCUGAGUCUGUCAUUUUGACGGGGUCCUUUGAUAACUGGUCUCAAUCGUUGCCUCUUAUCAAGAAGGGUGACGGCUCCUUUACUCUGUCAUUUCCAUUUCCCAAGGACACUGAGAAAGUGGCUUUCAAGUUUGUUGUGGACGGCAAAUGGACCACAAGCGAAAACUACAAAACCGAAACCGAUGAGUCGGGAAACAAGAACAACGUCUUGUAUGCAAAGGACGUUGAAUCUGUUCAGGGCUCAAAUUCCACAAGAAUUCCUGAGGCGGGAGGCAUGACAGUGCCAUUGGUUGGUGCAAAUGCUUUCACAUCAAAGAGCAAUGCUGAAACGGGAGAUGCAGAGUACAAGCCCACUGUUCUUCCUUCGUCCGAAGGUCAACAGGUGACGCUGGGAGAGCCCGGUGUUGUGGUUCCAGCCAAUCCGCAUUCGAUCUCUGCUUUUUCGGAAGUGAGAGAUGUUGACCCAAAGACGCUUAACGAGCCUUGUGACUCGUCCAAGAGUGCGCCUGCCGGAACUACCACCGCCACUACAUCCACUGAGGCUGCCAAAACUCUGGACCCUGCAGGGCAUUCAAAAGUUUCAGGGAUUGAGGGCUCCAGUAAUGCUACAGAGGCCCCGGAAACCGGUGCAGUUGCGGCCUCAGGACCUGGAGUUGUGAUCCCACAGGACCCACAGUCGAUAUCGGCUUUUAAUGAGGUCAGAGACGUGGACCCAAAGACACUGAACGCACCUUCGGAGCCAACAACUUCCCAGACCGAGACCGCCGUCGCAGACGAGGUAACCAGCCCAAGCACUCAAGAUACAGCUGAGACAGCUGCGAGCGAGGCUUCUGAGACGGGCGCCAAAAAGACCAAGUACGUCAAAAGAGUGGUGUCGAAGGUUAAAAAGGACGAAGCUGAGCAGAUUCCUGAGACCGAAAAAGAGCCUAGUGCAGCCGAGACAGCUGCGAAAACUGCACCAGUUGCAAAGACAGAACCAAAGACCGCAAGCUCUCCGUCUCCAAAGAAGAAGACUGGGUUUUUUGCCAAGCUCAAGAAGGCGCUCAAAUGAUGGUCGCAGUGGGGGCGUGUGCGUUCUUUUCUUUCAUCUGUGUAUUAACUGUAUCAUCAUCUGAAUGGAAUCCAGGAGAAAAUGCCAAACAUAAAAGAGUACAUGUAUUCCACUUUAGGAUAGCGGCCGCUAAAUUUGCAUCAAAUGCCUUUCGAUGCAGCCACUCUCGUAAAGUAAAUAGAAUUUGCACGUUUUUACAAGAAUUCUUCCUUAUUGGGGAGCUGUCUUCCGAAUUGGGAAAUGAUGUUGAUCACAGUAUGCACGGAUAAUCUUUUUAAAUAUUUG